AUGACGAGAGAACUCAGGAGGAUAAAUCAAAGGAUCUUUGCCACAGAAGUUUUCUAUUUUGAAAUGACAGGCUUUCAAAGCUUAGUCCGCGCCGUGGGGCCGCCCCCUCCGCCGCCGCCGCCGCCGCCGCCGCCGCGGCCNCCCCCCCCGGGGCUGCCGCCGCCGCCGCUGCCGGGCUCCUUCGGGGACUGGCAGCAGCAGCAGCCGCCGCCGCCCGUGGCCGCGCCGCCGGUGCGCAGCUACCAGAAGCAGUUCGCACACCGCGAGCCGCCGCCGACGGCCGCCGCCCCGCCGCCGAGCCGCAAGCCGCCCGCCGGCGGCCGGGAGCGCGACGGGCAGGAGCCGCCCGCCGGCCACGGGGAGUGGGGCGAGCCCGUGCCCUCGUCGCCGGUGCCCAUGGACAUGGAGCUGUCGUCGCCGCCGCAGUCCCCGCAGCCCGCCGCCGCCCAGCCCUACCUGCCCCCCGGACAGCCCUACCUGCCGCCUCCCCAGGCGGAGCCCUACCUGCCCCCCGGGCAGCCGCCCCCCGGGCAGUCCCCGCCGCUCCAGCCCUACCUGCCCCGGCCGCAGGCCUCGCAGCCGCCCCCCUCCUUCAACGAGCCGCCCCCUUCCUACCUGGAGCCGCCGCCGUCCAGCGCCGCCCAGCCCUACCUGCCCCCCGGGCCGCCGUACCUGGCGCCCCCCCAGCCCUACCUGCUGCCCUCGCAGGCGUCCCCUUCCCAGGCGGCGCAGCCCGGCCUGGCGCCUUCCCUGCCCCCCCCCAAGGCGGCCCAGCAGCACUUCACCCCCCCGCCGGCGGCACUGGCCCUGCCCGAGGGUUCCCAGGGGGGCGGCCAGGAGAGCGGCGCUCCCCCCGAGCAGCACGGCGCCCCGCAGCCCGACCCGGCCACCAUGACCCCCCAGGAACAGCAGCAGUACUGGUACCAGCAACACCUGCUUAGCCUGCAGCAAAGGGCAAAAGCCCAUGCUCAGGGACAGCAGCAAAUGAAAGGCCCCGGGGUAGGGAAGGAUACCUCUGAACAGAGAGCAAAAUCUGAAGAAGGGAAAAUGGGUGCUUCAAUUCAGCAGUCUGAACCUCCUCCGCUGAACGAAUCCCUGCCUCCAGCUUCCAAAGAAGACGAGUCUUCUCUUGCAUCCACUGAAACUCAGCUCAAUAUUGAUCCUCCUGAUGACCCUGAGGAAGAUUUGAGAUUGCAGCAGUUGCAAGCAGCAGCAGCUCAAUGGCAGCAGCAUCCCCAUCACCGAGUUGGGUUUCAGUACCAGAGGAUAAUGCAGAAGCAUGCCCAACUGCAGCAGAUAGUACAGCAGUAUCAACAGAUCAUGCAACAGCCUCCACAUUUACAGACAAUGUCAGUGGAGAUGCAGCUGCGACAUUAUGAGACACAGCAAAAACAGUUCCAGCAGCUUCAUAAAGACUGGGAGCGGUCAAUGAACCAACAGUGGCAGCAUCAGCUUCAAACCUAUCCUCACAAAGACCAGCUGCAAGAGUAUGAGAAACAGUGGAAAGCAUGGGAUGAACAGAUGAAGGUCACUCAGUCCCAUCUGCAGGAGAAAGUGAGCUCACUCCAAAAUUUGAAGAAUCAGUACCCUGCAAAUGUUUCGCUUCCGCCUCCAUUUGUUCCAUAUUCUCAAACGGCUCCAGGUGGCAUUCCUGUUAUGCCUCCAACUUUACCUUCAGCUACACCUCCUCUGGUCCCUCCACCUCUGUCUUCUGUAUCUCAGUUAUCUAACUCCUCUGUCCCUUCAGGAUCUAGUUCUCAAAGCAAUCAGUCUACUGAAACACCAAGGCCAGCUCUGCUUCCCACCCCUGGUACCUACGCAUCAAAAAUAGCUAGCUCACCUGUAUAUUCAACUUACCAUUCUCAAGUAAGUUCAUCCUUCAGCUCUUCAGACCACGGAAAGUCUCAAGUUCACCAUAAUAAACAAAAUGUCUCUAUGUCAUCUGAGCAAGGAUGUGGGGAACUGAAAGCCCCCUCUGCACUGUCUUCAACACAUACCCCUACCAUGCAGGAUAAACCAGUGAGAUCAGGUGGAUUGCUUCCAGAUCCUCCCAGAUCAGCACGUUUUGAAGGCCCCAGAGGUCCUAGAUUUGAUGGACCUCGAGGAAGAGGAUACGACAAAUUUGAAGGCUCAAGACCAAGAGGGCCCCGUUUUGAUUCCCAGCGCUCAGAAGGACACAGGUCACGUUUUGACCGACAGAACACUGAUGGACAGCACACAAGUCGAUGGGGAACUAUCCCACGUGGACCAGCAGCACAAUUUUAUACUUCCCAAAACACAUCACAUGCACAUGGUUCCCGACCUAGCGGUCCACGGUGGAGGGGGCCCAGGCCUCCUCUAGGACAGCAGCAGUCACAGACAGACUCACGAUCAGAAAACAAAGAGCCAUUUACAGACAUGGGUGGCAAUCAGCAGGCUGGAAGUAGAACGCAGUCUGCUGACGUGACGAGUACAGGCUCUGUUGAGCCGAGUGAGGACCUCACAAGCACUCAGCAGGAACCAUCCAAAGGUGAAGUCAAAGAAACAAUUUCAGAUCCUCCUAAGAAGUGGACGUGGAGUUCACACGAUCCUAACCAGCAAGUAGAAGACUCCAAAGCAACUACUCCACCUGUGCAGAACCAGACUUCGACAUCCCUUUCUAGUACCUCUGGAGCUUUGCAGUCAGGUGUUGCAAGGCCGGGAGGUGCGGUGACCCCUGUAACAGGAAACCAGGAUUUGAAUUCCUCAGAGAGCCAGCUGCUUGGUUCGGACAGUACGCAGGGCCUGCCUGGGCCAGAAGGCAGAGGGAAAGGGCCAUUCAUGCAUGAAGACAGAGGCAAGGGACCAGGAAACAGAGGAAGGGGGCAAGGCAGGAUGGAUGAUGGCCGUGGCAGGGGGCAGGGGGAUGGCCGUGGCUGGGGAAUGGGCCGUGGCCGGGGCAUGGGCAGGAUGGACGGGCGAGGAAUGGGCAGGAUGGACGGUGGCCGGGGCAUGGGCAGGAUGGACGGUGGCUGGGGAAUGGGCAGGAUGGAUGAUGGCCACGGCCGGGGAAUGGGCAGGAUGGACGAGGGCCGUGGCAGAGGAUAUGUGUACAGGGGCAGAGGGCAGGCUAGGCAGGCGUCUAUCCGUGGCAGGGGAAUGUUCAGGAGAGCGGGCAGCAGAGAGAGGAUGGCAGACAGGCGGUCGGGCAGCAGGGAGAGGAUGCCAGACGGGCGGUCUGGCAGCCGGGAGAGGACACUGGGUGGCCGGUCAGACAGCAGGGAGAGGGUGAUGUCUAGCCGAGACAGGGAGCUCGCCGGGCGGACAGGCAGCCGGGACAGGGCACAGCGGGCGGGCAGCAGGGAGAGGGGACCUGUCAGGAGGGCGGGCAGCAGGGAAAGGGAGCCCAUGAGGCGGGCAGGUAGCAGGGAGAGGGAGCCCAUGCGGAGGGCAGGGAGCAGGGAGAGGGUCCCUGUGAGGCGGGCAGGCAGCAGAGAGAGGGUCCCUGUCCGGAGGGCAGGUAGCCGGGAGAGGGGUCCUGUCCGGAGGGCAGGUAGCCACGAGAGGGGACAUGUCAGGAGGCCAGAUAGCCGGGAGAGGGAAGCAGGGAGGUCUGACACGGGCAGUAUAGAUAAACCAAUUCACCUAGGAGACGAUCCUGACAAAUUACCUCCGUACCAUCGAGAUGAUGCACUCAGGGGUUCUUGGAGUCAUGAAGAUGAGGGAAUGCAGGAGGAAUUUCCUAUAGAUAGUAGGGAUGACCUUCCUCUGGAGCAUGAGCGCUUGGAUGACUGGGAAAGAGAACGAUACUGGGGAGAUCACAACUCUGAUUAUCAGGAUGAUUCUGUAGAUCCAUAUGAUAGAGAUGACAGGUUGCAAUCUCACCAUUCAUUGCCUCCGUUAUCUCCCCUACCACCACUACCUCCUUUAUCAUCUGAUCAUGACAGACGAGAUUCAUGGUGGGAUGACUGGAAAAGGCCAAGGGAGAGGGAACUAGAGAGAGAUCUAGAUAGGACGGGAAGAUCCGCAGAUAUUUAUGAUCAAGAUGUGGACAGAGAAUGGGAUAAUAGAGACUGGGACAUGAGACCCAUGGAUGAUAGAGAAAUGGGGAAUCGUGACCUAGAUAUCCCCCCUCUCCCACCAUUACCACCUCUCCCACCUCUGGACAGAUACCGUGAAGAUAGGUGGAGGGAUGAUAGGAACAGAGAUCACUAUGACAGAGACCUCCGAGACAGGGGGGAGCUGAGGAUUCGAGAGUACCCAGAGAGAUACGACACGUGGCGGGAGAAGCAGGACUACCUUCCUGAAAGGACUGACUGGGAGAGGGAACGCUUGACGGAUAGGUGGUAUCCAGAUGAUGGAGACAGACUGCGACCUAUGGGUGAUCAGCUAGAUUCAUCCCUUCUUCCACCUUCACAUUCCUCUGAUAUGCUUGGAGCAGAUUCAAACCUGGACUCGGAACAGUCCUUGGGGGGAGUGAUGGUUCUUAGCCAAAGACAGCAUGAGAUAAUACUGAAAGCUGCGCAGGAGCUCAAAAUGCUUCGAGAACAAAAAGAACAGAUGCAAAAGUUGAAAGAGUUUAAAUCCGACAUUUCUGCACAGGACUCUCCAAGAUCACAGAACACCAGCACGAGGCCAGGAGGUGCCUUUCAGGUCUCUUCUCAGCUAUCUUCAGAGGCAUCAGUAGAAGCCCAAGCUAUUAAACCUUCUCCUGCUGUUAUUAUAAAGCCUCCCGUGUUGUUCAGACAGCCCACCCCUGUGACAAGACCAACUGCCCCACUGGCAAGGCCUGCUACACCUAUGACAAGGCCACAUGCUCCAGUUCCUACUCCAACUACAGCCCCAAGUCAUGGUCAGUCUUUAAAACCAUCACCUUCUGCUGUGGAACAGGAACGCUGGGAUGAGGAUUCUUUCCACGGCCUCUGGGACACAAACGAGGAUAAAGGAGCAAAUAUGGAGUACGAAUUAUGUAAACAGGAGUCAAUGAUGCCUCCACCAGUAUCCUCACCAGUGAAAGUACCUGCUGUUCACACCUCUGUUCCGUCAGCUGUACCAGUGUCACUUCCUCCAGUCAUUCCACCUGUUGCUAAAGCACCUAUAAUUCAGCAAACUGUGGAUUAUGGCCACGGGCGAGAUAUAACCACCAGUAAAGUGGAACAGAUUCCAUAUGGGGAGAGGGUAACUCUGCGUCCAGAACCUUUGCCGGAGAGACAAACAUUUCAAAAAGAGCACCCUGGUCGUUACAACAGAGAAAGAGAUCGUGAACCCUAUUUUGAGCGUCAAGGUAAUUCAAAUACAGAUCACCGGGAUUUCAAGAGAGAUCGGGAAUUGCACAGAGACCGUGGUUCUGUGGACUAUGAUCGAGACAGAUUUGAAAAAGAGCGUCAUCCCCGAGAUGAUAGGACUCAGUCUUACCGUGACAAGAAAGAACAUCCCUCCUCCAGGCGGGGUGGUUUUGAAAGGCCACCAUAUGAACGAAAGACAGAUCGUCCAGCAUAUGAUCAUGGGCCUUCCAUGUUUGGAGGUGAUCGUAGAAAUUACCCUGAGGAAAGGAUUCCUAUUUCUGCUCCAUCAAUGCCUCGUCAGCCACCACCUGCUCCACGAGUGGAAAGAAAGCCAGAAUCUAAAAAUGUAGAUGAUAUUUUGAAGCCACCAGGACGGGAUAGCAGGCCAGAGAGGAUUGUAAUCAUAAUGAGAGGAUUGCCUGGCAGUGGAAAGACACAUGUAGCAAAACUCAUCAGGGAUAAAGAAGUAGAGUGUGGAGGACCUGCACCAAGAGUGCUCAGCCUGGAUGACUAUUUCAUCACUGAAGUAGAAAAGGAAGAGAGAGACCCAGAUACAGGGAAAAAAGUAAAAAAGAAGGUGAUGGAAUAUGAAUAUGAAGCUGAUAUGGAAGAGACCUAUCGCACCAGCAUGUUUAAAACUUUCAAAAAGACAUUGGAUGAUGGAUUCUUUCCCUUCAUUAUCCUUGAUGCUAUCAAUGAUAGAGUGCGACAUUUUGAGCAGUUUUGGAGUGCAGCGAAAACCAAGGGUUUUGAGGUGUACUUAGCUGAAAUGAGUGCAGAUAACCAGACAUGUUCCAAGAGGAAUAUUCAUGGACGCAAGCUAAAGGAAAUCAGCAGGAUGUCUGAUCACUGGGAGGCAGCGCCACGUCACAUGAUGCGCCUGGACAUUCGUUCUCUAUUGCAAGAUGCUGCUAUCGAAGAGGUGGAGAUGGAGGAUUUUGAUGCAAAUAUUGAAGACCAGAAAGAAGAAGCCAAGAAGGAUGCAGCAGAGGAGGAAGAGAGUGAACUGGGUUACAUUCCGAAAAGCAAAUGGGAGAUGGACACUUCUGAGGCAAAGCUAGACAAGCUGGAUGGUUUGCGGACUGGCACUAAAAGGAAACGUGACUGGGAAGCCAUUGCCAGCAGAAUGGAAGAUUAUCUACAGCUUCCAGAUGACUAUGAUACUCGUGCUUCUGAACCUGGAAAGAAAAGGGUGCGGUGGGCAGAUCUAGAAGAAAAAAAAGAUGCAGACAGGAAAAGGGCCAUUGGUUUUGUUGUUGGACAAACAGAUUGGGAGAAGAUAACAGAUGAAAGUGGUCAUCUUGCUGAGAGAGCCCUCAACCGUACCAAGUAUAUAUGAAAAAGUGGUUAAUGGGAAUUUUGUGCCUUUAAGGCCAUUUGCUCUGAGGAGAAGUGAAUCAAGGUGUCAUGAGCAUCUUGCAUGGGUCAUGUCACUCCCACCUUCACAGUUUUUCUUUUGUUAUUUUAGUUUCAGCAAUUUUUUUGAGAUAUUGGCAAAUAACCAGUGCCCUCAAAAAAAAAUCCCGCUGCUCCUAAGUGAGAGAGACAGUUUACUUUUUAAUAUUUUUUGAAGGGGGGGGAAGGGGAGGGCCAGUAGUUUUAGCUGCUGUUUGUGGGAUAAAGUGGAAGGUUUAGACAGAUGUUACCUCCACUGUACUGUCACAGAAUGUUUAUCACCUUUGCUUUGUGGCCGUUCUCGUUUUAUACUGUAUGUACCUUGUAGCUUAUUGUAUUAGGAAGCAGAACAAUAAAUUUCACUAUAAACUCUGUGUUCUUGGUGGACCAUAUAGCAUGGUUUUUGUUUCACGUUUUAAAUGUGGUCUGUGUGUUCACAUGUUGACAGUGCUCAGAGCUGUCCUUACCUGGAAGAGGUGCUCAUACUCUGGAAUGUAUCCUGUCUUCUAGGUUUAUCACCUGCUCUUCCUCUCAGAGACGGCUCCAUUAAGGCCCCGGGUUUUGCUGGUCUUUAGGAGCCAUUAUCAUUCUCUUUCUUCUGGGAGAGCAGAAAUAAUCAUUUUCUGGAUCCUAGUUUCUCAGUUAUGUCAAAUUUCCAUUACUACGUGAGUAUAAAUUCUUUUGGAUGCCUCUGAAAUACUCAGGGUAGUAAUGUAAGAAAAAUGUUUCUUUAAUGCUGAACUUGAAAGCUAUGGCAUUCAACUAUAGCAUUCUCUGGAGGGCAGCAUAGAAAACUCAUUUUGGUCUUACUAUGUCUUUUAGUCAACUCUGGUCCCUAUCAGGACAUUUCAUUCCAUUUGUAAGUCUACUGUCUUGUAGAGAAACAUCAUAAAAAGAAGCAACAAACACCAGAAGUUAUACCCUUCUAUUCCUUUAAUAAAUACAUUUAACUUGCUGAAAAAUAAUAGUCCACACUAUAAAAAGUGGUACAAAUUCUUCUUAGAUGCUGACAUAGCAUUUCUGCACAGGUUUGCUGGUGAAAACCUUUUGUCCUCUCCGGUUUUGAAGCAAAUACCUUGUGUUAACAAUGUUGUGACCAGACAAGGUGUUUAAAUCUGAAAAUAAUUGUUGUUUUAGUGGUUAACUGAAUUUUUUUCUCCUGAUCUUUCUGAGGGAAGCAAAUGAAGUCCUGAAUUUCCUUCUCUGCUACUCUUUGCUGCUCUGCUGAGUGAUUACGUUGUGGUUUUCUUCUAGGUUGGGAAAUGAGCUGGUUCUUUUGUGGUUAUGGUUUAUGUUGUUGAGGAUGUUGUUGGGGAGAGCUAAUGGUGGUAAUGGAUGGUUUUGUUUGCCAUUCUAAUGGCUUGGUUUUUGGAUGUUUCUCAGCUUUGUCUGUGGUGCACGAUUGAAAGCUCUCUGGAAAAUAUAUGAAUAUGUGAACUUAUGUUAUGCCAUGAAUGUGUUUAAUACAAGAAAACUAAGCUCCCUGAAUGCAGUGUUUUUAAAAUGGAAGGUAAUGAAUAUGCAUUUUCUGUGUUUGCAUGCUAUUACAUAGCACAUACACUUUCUCUUUUAAAUGUUGCCAAGUGAUCUUUGAAUUCUGGCUGAGAGUUGUUCAAAAAGGAAAAAUAAUAGUUAAGAAAUAAUAGGCCUUGUAUAUUGUUGUGGAAAUCAGGCAAGCUUCACUUCAGAGGAGCUGCUCUCAGGUAUGUGUAAAAUGUCUUUCAGUCUACCAUAAGUCAUCCCUAACAGAACUGGAGUUCUCAUGACACACAUGCCACUGUUAAAUUCGAUGCUGUUUCUUGACUUUUAAGAAGUUUCUUGACUUGUUAAUUGUUUUGUCUGUAUUUUUGGUGAUAAACCUAAACCAGGACCUUUUCUAAGACUUCGUUUCCAGGAUAAAUAAUAUUUCUGGAGCAUGCAAAGGGAUAGCAUGUGACAGAACUGAUCAUGUUGUUUACUACUAUUAACAAUUUUGAAAACUUUUUCAGCAGAUAACACUCAGGUUACAUCAACUUUAUUGUGUGGUUAACACAGAGUUAAAGAGAUGGACAGAGAAUACACCUAGCUAUCUUUAAUACAAGAAAGAAAAUGUAUCAGUUUUCAAAUUUAGGGCAAAACUUCAGUUAUGAAAAUACCUUAGGGGGUGCUAGUGGUGGUUGUUCUUUUUUUUUUUUUUUUUUCUGGCUCCCUAAAGUUCCACCUUUUCCAUUUCAACGGUAUUGCCAUCUGUUUUAGUUGGUUUGAAAGUUUAGCAGGUUAGUUUUCAUCUGCUUGAUGGGAAGUGGCUCUCAAAGAAAAUAACAUUUUGCCAUAGCUACAGCAUGUAACAGAUUCCUCAUACGCUAGUCCUUCAUUGAAUGAAGAAAUCAAGCAAAAAUUAGAAAUUCAUCAUUGCUGCUGGCACAGAAAUGAGAAUGGCUGGGUAGUCCAAUGCUUGGCUUAAUAGUCAGAGUUUGGUGUUGAGUGAUUUCUGUUUUGUCUGGAGUUGCUAUAGAACCCAGUAAGGCUUGAUCCUGAUUUAGUUCUUAACUCGUCUGCUCACCAAUAUUGGCUCUAGAAUCUCUCACAGCAAUGAACAGAAAAAAUGUCCAUUUUGAUAAGUGCCUAAAUAGGAAAUUAUGCAUCCAGCACUUUAAGAUCCAUCUUUCUCUAUGCAUGCAAUUACGUUAACUCUAAAUUGGACUGUUCCUGUGUAGUGCAUCACAUUUAAAAAUACAACCUUGGAAAAAAAAAAUCAUCAGCUGCUGCAGAAUGGAGCUGUCGCUACCUCUUGAGCAAAGUUGACGGUUAAGAGUAUUUUCUGUGAAUUAGAAUUUUUAAUGACACUUCAGUUUCUCAAGACUCUGCUUUGUUAAGAAUACUGAAACUACCUACCUCAUGUAAGAAGUACGCGUGCUUUUUGCAAGGAAACGUGUAAUCUAAGACAAUGUGUGGAUACAUGCAUAGAGCGUAGUUGUCGUCUUCAGUCGUCUUGUGUGUUUUACUCUAGAUUUGCUCAUUAAGCUUUAUGGCCUGACUAUGGUAUGCAAGAUUAAAAAUCCAGCAUAUAGUAUUACAUCACCUGGAAAUGUCAUGGUUUGCUUUUUCUCUGACGUUUACAUCACAUAGAUGAACAACUAACCUUGCAUUAUUAGUUCCCCAUCUUUACAGGAGAAAAGUUUGCAUUUGGUACAAGCUAGAUUUUUCACUUUUCACUUGUCAGAUUGGAUUUGGUAUUUUUUGGACUUGCUUCAGUCACCUCUAUGAUCCUUGUCCGUUAACUAUGUUUCUUGCCUGUCUGCCUGUAAACGUUACAUUGCUGUUAUUGUCUGCUUUUAAGGGCACUGCAUUAACUAUUUUCUGAAGCACUUUAAUUGCUGAAUGACCAUUUAGAUACCAUUCAGAUCCUGAGUAUCAUUCCAAUAGUGUUUUUUUAUGAAAGGAUUGAAAUGGAAAAAAUAGUAUUAUUGCACUGAAAUGAUUAGCCUACCCCCAAAAAUCCCACAUCCAGUCCAGUUGCUUUGAAUAGUUAAAAGUUAGGAAGGGUCAUGAUUUGUAAGUCACACUGGAAAGUAUGCUUCCUGCAGAAGUAGUCUCAUUCAUUAACUUGCUUUUAAAUUAGAACAAGACCUCUUGAGCCCAAAUCUGUUUUUCCCAAUUGGAAAUUUCAACAUUACUGGAACACUCUGAGAUUUCUUUCCAAAGGAAUUAAGUAAUUUGGCCUGUGGGACAGCUUGUUGCCACCUCAACAACUUUGUCAUUAACAGAAGAAGAAAGGUCUCUGCUUGAUAUAAAUCCACUUAUUUAAUGCGGAUAUCAUGAGUUGUUUCAUGCCCCUUGGACACAAUAUCCCAUAGCAGAUGGUGAAAUUUAAUUAUGAAUGUUACUGCCAUGGAAUUAUGGAAACACACAACACUGGACAAACCUCAGGACUUGAAGAAAACAUGGUUGGUCUGGGAUGGAAACAAAAUGACCUUUUUUUUUUCAAGUUCUUAAUAAGUCUGCCAGCUAGCUAACUGUGAAUUAACUCACCUGCAACCCAGGAGCUCUCUUGGAUUAUUGUAACUUGGUGUACAUGGCCUGGACAGGAGAAGCAGUACUGAGAGUUCUUGCAUGGGGAAUGUUCACGUGGUCUGCGGCCUCAGGAAGUCAAAUGCUGAUGGGUAUGUUAUUCCUUUUUAUUAUGAUUCUCUUUGUUAUUUAUUGUUUCUCACACUAUGCCUGGAAAGCAAGGUUGCAAUACUGCACUUGAGAUCCACAGGCAAUGAGAUAAAACUGUGCCAGUACAACCUACGUACUAUGAGAUAAAGAGAUGGCUGUUUCAGUUGAGAUCCGCACAUCUGCAGCGUGAAUUGUAAGCGGGUAAAAGGAAAAUUCAAGUUCUUACAGCAUCUUGCAAGACUGAUUAUACAUAGUUUUCUUAUUGUAGAACUUAGAAGAGAGAAUCUUCCUAGAAUUUAAAAUAUGAAUGAUACAAUUCAGUUCUAUUUAUUUUGAGUUUCCUAAGGCAAUCUUGAUUAUUGUCUCAUAAAGCUUGACCCAAAGUAGUUUUCCCUUGUGCUCAUCCAUUCCUACAGGUGAGAGUCAGAAUCCUUCCACUAACUAAAGGAACACAGAGUAACUUUUCUGAUUUGUGAUCAAGAAUAAUCACUUUCAUGGUGAAAUCCUAUUAUUUCGUUCUUACCAGUGGAGUCUUCCAGCAAUUAUGAUGUCUCUUUCUACCACUUCCAAAUUUCCAUAGUACCAGAUCUGCAGCCUGGAGCCUUAAAUCUCCCUGAUGCAUGUAGGGAGGAAGAUUGGUAAUGGCAAUAUUUGAGAUGGAUUAUCGCUUUGUAGUUGAUUAAUACUGCUUGGAAGCAGAAUGUAGUCUUCUGUUCAUGCUUUUGGUUACACCAGGUAAGCCCAAGUACUGUUAGCAAAAAACAUAGCAAGUUACUGGAAAUAGAAAACUACAAGUGUUUUUGAAGUACUUGGCAUUUUGUUUUGGGUUUCUAGUUAGGAGUCUCUGAUCUCUUUGAAUUUUAGGAUUUAAAAUUUAAUAUGAAAAACCUUAAAACUGCCUGGAUGGUAAUAGCAUAAUUGUUUUUUUUUGCUUGUUUGUUUUUUUCAUUGUAUUUUUUAACUUCUGGAAAUCUUGUGUGGAAUAUCUAGACCUAUCUCUAGUGUUUGUAUUCUAGAUUGUGAAUCAUUCAAAUAUUUCUCCAUGUUUCUUCCCUUGUAUUUAUGCACAAGAGCAUAUGAAUGGAUGUUCAGUUUUACACAGGAAUUUCUGGCGUACUUUGGAUGGCAUCUGGACUGUCUGCUGUAAGCCCUGUAUUUGUACAUGAAGUUGCUGUGUUUGAACACACAGUAAUCUCAAGGGAAUACAUGAAGACCCUUGCUUACUAGAUCUUGAAAUGUUGCUGCAUUUGGAGGGAAAUUGUAACUGCAGUGUUCCUUGGAGAAGAAAAAAAUGCAUCUAAGUAGAGGAGGGGAGGGGAAAAAAUGGGAAAAAAAUGGGAAUUUUGUCAGUUGUACUCUAAUUAUCUGAGCUGCAAUCUGUCUGAUGUGGCUAUAACGUGCUAGCAACUCUGACAUCUGAGGUAUCUGCCGUAGUAACUGAGUAGAUACAUAAUUCUGGAGGAAAAUUAAAAUAAUCCAUAUCAUUUUUUGUCUACAGGUCAAAGUAUAGUUGAGCAAACUGAUUUUUGAAAGGAAUUUGUAUUGAAAAAGCCUAUCGAGGGUGAUUUGAAAGUGCUCUUUUAAUUUCCUUUAAAACCACAAGCCAUUAACAGAUUUUGUGUAAACUGGAACACUGCACAAAAAAACAGAAACACUUUCCAAAAACUUAAGAUUCCUUCUGCCGUAGUCGUGUAGGAUGUUACUUUCCUCCUCUAGGGUUUAUCACACAAAGGGAGAGCAGUGCUGCAGUUCUGCCCUGCUUCAGAACACAAAUGACCUUACCUUAUGAGUAAAGCACAAAACUUGAGGUAUCUCUUUUGACAGGUAGGUAAUACAGGCAUUGACUUUAAUUUGGCACUACGUGCUCUGUGGAAGGCAAGGUAUCUUGAGCAGCAUUUAAAAAUUAUCUUUUUAUUCUGUUUUGGUGACAUAGUAAUAAUGGAGUUUGACCACUGUUGCUGAUGAGGUGUAAGCCUUUGUACAUGUAGCUGCUUUUUUCUAAAAAUACUAUAUUACUAUUUGAAGCACAGAAAGCAUAGCUUUACUGACAGACACCUACAGUGUUUCAAUUUAUUAUUCAUCUGUGGAUGCUGAGAACUCUUGUGCAACUGAUCAGUCUUUACUGGUGUUCUUUGAGGUGUUUGUUUUUCUGUUCCCUUUGAACUGAAGUUGCCAAAUUCUUUUCUUUGAAGAAGACAUGGACAGAUAACUUGUCUGGAAAAUCUCAUCGUAUACUCCUCAGUCUGAAUCACACAGAAAUAAAGAUUUUCAGGUAAUGACAACCAGAUGGCACUACAGCUCUGUUUUCAUGUAAGGAUUAAAUUGGAGAAAAACCAAAAGUUUGAGAUUUUUCCACCAUCAUUACAUUUUUGUGGUUUCCUAUUGCCCAGUGCAGUUAUAAGCCAUUAACUUCUACUUCAUGAAAAAGCCACCGUUUUUCCAUGG